AUGUCAGACUCUCCCAAUCGAAAACCAGUUGGAUCUCCUGGGUUGGUGUCCUCGUUUGGAUCGCCAUCGUCAGCUUCUUCAACUUCAUCGAUGAAUUCAUCAACCUCCUUCAAUCUGAAUGGCAAUGGUAGUAGCAACUCUCCACAUCAUCAUCACCAAAAACAACCUAGUUAUGGAGGUGGCAGUAGCGCCAACACUGUAAAUACCAAUAGUAGCAGCAAUAAUACAAUUAUAAAAUCAGUUUCAGCAUCCACUGGACUCAAUAAAUCAUCGAGUGGAGUAAAGACAACAGGCAGUGGAACAUCACCAGCAUCUGUAUCAUCACCAUCAUUAUCCACAACCUAUGGCAAUAAUAACAAUAACAACAGUUCAACUACUUCUACAACAACAUCAACAUCAACAACAACAACAACAGUAGUUGGAUCAUCAUCAUCAUCUACCAAUUUCUAUUCUAAAAAGAAUGUUGAAUAUAUAUUGCUGGCAGAGUUUGAUAUUGACAUUGGAAGUAAAGUCAAAUAUCAAUAUCCAUGUCCUACUGGUGAGGAUGAGGCACUGCUUGCAGAGUUUAUGCUUCCGGACGGUGCUCACAAUCGUGAUGCCGAUUGGACUGUAUUCUUCUUAAACCGACCCGAUCCCGAUGGAAUUCUCUCAAAGAACAAGAAAGCAAAACCAAAGCCAAAAACACAAGGCAAAAUUAUAUGUACAAUAGAAGCAUUCAUUUAUAAAUUCUCAGAGGAACAAGAGUCAAAGGGUUGGGUAAUGUUAGAUGCCGACAAAUUAACUCUUCAAAUCUAUUCAGGUUCUAUCAAUGUAGUUGGAAAGAAUAAUGUUUUAGUUACAAAAAUUAUUUAUAUUAACAAUAUUGUUGUUGUUGUUGUUGUUAUCGAAUCGAAUCAAAGUGAAAAACAUUCAGAUCUUGAACACACUCAGUUGGAACCAUUGUUUGAUUGUGUGUUGACCGAUAGUGGAACGGCACUGGGUGUAAGAUUCUCAGAGGCCAGCGAAGAGGAGCAGUUCUUGCAACACGUCAAUAGAAUGAUAAAAGAGAUGGCGGAGGAGAAGAUUUUGGCGGCGGCGGCAGCUAGCACCACGAUCUCUGACAACAACAACAACAACAACAGUAAUAAUAACAACAAUGGAGCUACCGACAGUUUGAAUAGAUCGACCAGUAGCUCUAGCAGUAGAAGCGAUUCUAACACACUGGCGACAGCAGGAGGUUCUCCAUCAACAACAACAACAACAACAACAUCAUCAUCAUCACAAUUCCUCUAUUGUCUCAACUAUAUGAACAAUCAAAAAGAUGAAUCAGUAAGACGUGGUGCCAUUGUAAAAUCAUUGGCAAUCUGUACAACUCAUCCAUUCAUUCAUAUUUACAAGCCAUUUAUGAUAUUAGGUAUACAGAAAUACUAUAGUUCACCAUCGCUAGAAGUAAUCAUUGAAUUAUAUAACUCAUUGAAUAGUUUGGAUAUGUCGACCGUUCCAUUCCUAAACGAUGUACAAAAGCAUAUCUUGAGAUCAUCACCCGACAAGAACAAACAGAGUCACUCAACAAAUAUAACCUAUCUUGGCAAGCCAAUGCCUGUAUAUAUACCUAUAACAUUAUUCCCAGACGAAGUUGGUGAUUAUAAAGUAAUUACAUUGGUACAGAAAUUUGGAAAUGAUGUAAUGAAGAUAUUCAAUGACCGGCAAGGUAGUGAUGAAUCCGUCGUUGGUCACCGAGAUACCCGACAAGUUUGCGCAGUACGACAGCGACUUUAUGGCGGAAGUCAACUACAACAUAUCGGCGCACUACGGCGAGGACAAGAUCAAGAGUCUCUUCCAGGAGUACACCCAGCACAUCGUGGAUAUGGCGCUCGACGAGGAGGACAAUCGAUCAAGAAGCUACGCAAGCGUAAGCACGUCGCCGAGAAGGAGGUGCUAAAGAUCUACGAUAGUUUCCUCAACAGCAUCAAGACGGAGCAACAGGUGACAGAGUUCCUAAGUUAUCUGCCCAAGUCGCACGGUGGAUUAUUCCCUGUGGCGGUGGGUCUAUUCCAUCAAUCGAAAGACGUGCGUAACGCAACAUGUGAACUACUGAAGCGUUUAGAUAAGAUACAAACCGGUAGUGGAUUCAUCUCUGGACUCAACCCAUUCCUUAAACAAUGUUAUGAAAGAAAUUUGAAAUAUCAAUAA